CGCUGGCUUGGCCAAACUAUUUGCUUUUAGUUGGCAAAGGAUUCACAUGGUUUCUCUUCACAUCAACCAAUAUCAUAAUAACACGUGAUAACUUCUUCUUCUUUUGUCCUUUUCCUUUUUUUCCUCCCAGAAGACAGAAGAAGAAGCAAGAUCAUCAAGACCAAUCUCGUAGACUUCUUGUCUCUGUCCAAAAACCAUAAAGAAACUUUAUUGGCAUAAAAAGAGAACAAUCUCGUAGAUUCUUGAGCUUCUGACAAUGGAUUCUUUGAAGAAUAGAACAUUGCUUAAGGUCAUUGUUCUUGGAGAUAGCGGGGUAGGCAAAACUUCAUUGAUGAAUCAAUAUGUGUACAAGAAAUUUAACAAGCAAUAUAAGGCUACGAUCGGAGCAGAUUUCGUCACCAAAGAGCUUCAUAUAGAUGAAAAAUCUGUCACUUUACAGAUAUGGGAUACCGCUGGACAAGAGAGAUUUCAAAGUCUAGGGGCCGCGUUCUAUAGAGGUGCUGAUUGUUGCGUUCUUGUCUACGACGUGAACAAUCUCAAAUCUUUUGAAACUCUCAAUAACUGGCACACAGAGUUCCUCAAACAGGCAAAUCCUAUGGAACCGGAGACAUUUCCCUUUGUUUUGAUCGGGAACAAGACCGAUGUAGAUGGCGGAAACAGCCGAGUUGUUUCAAAUAAGAGAGCCAUCGAGUGGUGUGGCUCAAAGGGAAACAUACCGUACCAUGAAACCUCUGCGAAGGAAGAUACCAAUAUCGAUGAAGCUUUUUUGAGUGUUGCACACAUUGCUCUCUCUAAUGAACGUAAACAAAGCAAUGACAUAUAUCCUAGAGGCCAGUAUCAUGACUCUGUUACGGAUAUUAUUGAUCCAGAUCAGUCAAGAGGUUGUGCUUGCUGAUUCCAUGUUUGACAUAUCUGAUCAAAUAAUAUCGAGUCCCAGCUCUUUCAUUUGCAGUCCUUGUUUUUGGUAACUUUUUUUCUAUUUAUUGGUUUAAUAAUAUCAUUUAUAGAGGUUUAUUAACGACAAAAAACAGUUGAUACAUACUACUUUCUGAGUGUUUUGAUUCAUGUAAAGCAUUAAUUAAUUUCUAUUUAAUUUUUGUAAACCUUUUCGUUGAGAUAACUUAUAGUACCAUCACCGAAUCACUUGGAUUUGUUCUACCU